UGAGGUGGCAAAUGAGUCGUUCAAAUGAGAUUAUCGCAGUUUUGUUAUUUUAAUAUGUUUACCGAGGGACAAUCAAUAGUUUCUAUAAAAUCAGCUCCAAAUGCACUCAAUCGGCUUUCCUUUCAAAGGGUAUACAGAAUACUGUUUUGUAUCUCUAUAGAGGUGGCAAACGAGUCGUUCAGAUGAGAUUAUGUCAGUUCUGUUUUUUUGAUAUUUUUAGAGAGGGACAAUCAGUCGUUUCUAUAAAGUUAAGUUCCUCAGACCUCAGCUUCCUGCCAAACCUUAAUCCAUCCAAAGCACAAAUCAGAACUGACAGCCAGGUCAAUGCUUCCAAAAUAUGAACCCUACCAAAACCAAGUUGGCAUUUCCAUAUGUUCAUUGGCAAAACCUAGACCUCCCAAUCAAAGAGAAGACUAGCAGACCUGUGCUUCAACCAUUCUCAAAAACUUUUGAUUUUUUUAUAAUAUUAUUUAAACAAUCAGCCACAAGCCACAAUCAAAAAACUUAUAAUUCUAGGUAACUUCAAUUUAUUUAUUUUAAAAAAAAUGAUUCCAGUAUAUGCAUUUUUUCUUCUUUACAUAUUUCCACUUGGUUUAGAGUUCUGCUCUGCCAUAAACAGCAUAACACCAACCCAGUUUUUGAAAGACCCAGAAGCAAUAGUCUCCAACAACACCCUUUUCAGACUAGGAUUUUUUAGUCCAUCUGAUUCGAGCAAUCGGUAUGUUGGUAUCUGGUAUAAUCAUCCUUCUAUAAAGGAAGUCAUAUGGGUAGCUAACAGGAACAAUCCCAUCACUGAUUCUAAUGGAGUCCUUAAGUUAUCAGUUGAUGGGAAUCUUCAAGUUUUUAAUGGAAGAAACCAGACAGUUUGGUCAUCCAAUCACACCCUUCAUGCAUCAAAAUUCUCGGUUGCUCAACUUUCGGAUUAUGGAGAACUUCUUGUUCAAGCAUCAAACACAAGUAGUAAAAACGGGUCAACCAUAUGGCAGAGUUUUCGUCACCCUGUAGACUCAGUUUUACCAAACAUGGGGUUUGUUCUUGACCCGAAUUCUGAUUUGAAGCGGGUCCUGCAAGCUUGGAGAAGCUUUUCAGACCCAUCAGAUGGAAGGUUCUCUAUUGGUACUAAUUCUUUAGACUUAUUCCAGCUUAUCAUAUGGGAUGGAGAUCGGCCACAUUGGAGAAGUGGUCCUUGGAAUGGCAACAUUUUCAUUGGAACAAGAUACCAUAACACUGGCUUUGGUAAUAUCUUGGUUAAUACUGGGUCAUUCACACAAGAUGAAAUUGGUGGAAUGAGUUCCCUGGUUUUUGCUGGUGCGAAUGAGACUUUGAUGUCACAUUAUGUAUUGACUAAUAAAGGAACAAUAGAACAAAGAUGGUGGGAUGAUAGCAGUAAGAGUUGGAGGAUUUCAUGGAAAGCCCCAGAUAAUGUUUGUGAUACAUAUGGGAAAUGUGGGGAAUUCGGGAAUUGCAGACCUCGUAGUUCGCCCAUUUGUAGUUGUUUGAAAGGUUUUGAGCCGAAAAACAAGGAGGAAUGGAAGAGAGGAAAUUGGACAAGAGGGUGUGAAAGAAGAGUGCAAUUGAAAUGUGGCAAACAGGAUGGAAGCAAACAAGAUGGGUUUCUGAGAUUAAAGAUGAUGAAAGUGCCAGAAAAUGCUGAAAAGAUGACGGGAAUGAGCAUAGAUCAGUGCAGAAGUGCAUGCCUUACAAAUUGUUCUUGUAUAGCUUAUGCAUAUGAUAUCCUGAUCACAUGUUUGACAUGGAGUCAGAACUUGAUCGAUGUUGCAGACCUUUCCCCUGGCGGGGUUGAUCUCUACCUCCGGCUUGCACAAUCAGAGCUAAGUAAUAAGUUAAAUGUCAAAGCAAUAGUUGCAGUUAGUGUAAUUUCAGGAUUAACAUUAGUUGUAGUUGCUGCUGUCAUAUGGUUCAUGUGGAGGAGAUGUCGAUCAAGAGGUAAUGUUCCACCUCUACCAGUCACGAAAUUUCACAAGAAAAAAGAAACACCAGACCCGUUUGUAUUCGGAGACAAAAGCCAAGUUACGAUAGAUGACUUGGAAAUAAUAAAAUUCGAAAAGCUGGACGAAGCAACAGACAGCUUCCAUCAGAAAAACUUGCUAGGUACUGGUGGAUUUGGCCAAGUAUACAAGGGAAAACUGGAAGAUGGUCAAGAAAUAGCAGUAAAACGACUAUCAAGAGCAUCUGGACAAGGCACAGAAGAAUUUAUGAAUGAGGUCGCAUUGAUUUCAAAACUUCAACACCGAAAUCUAGUCAGACUGCUGGGAUGCUGUGUUGAUGGAGAAGAGAGGAUGCUGAUAUAUGAAUACAUGCCAAAUAAAAGCUUGGAUGCAUUUCUAUUUGAUCCAGAAAAGCGCAAGUGUUUAGACUGGCAGACAUGCUUCAACAUUAUAGAAGGGGUAUGUCGAGGCCUACUUUACCUUCACAGAGAUUCAAGAUUAAAAAUCAUCCACAGAGACCUCAAAGCAAGCAAUAUAUUGCUGGACAAAAACCUCAAUCCAAAAAUUUCUGAUUUUGGGAUGGCUAGAAUUUUCGGGGGAAACCAGGAUCAAGCUAGUACUCAGAGGGUUGUUGGAACAUAUGGCUACAUGUCUCCAGAAUAUGCAAUGGAAGGACACUUUUCUGAAAAAUCAGAUGUUUUCAGCCUCGGUGUGUUACUAAUUGAGAUAGUAAGCGGAAAAAAGAAUAACAACUUCUGGUGCCGGGAGGAUUCCCUGAGUCUCUUAGGAUAUGCCUGGAAAUUGUGGAGUGAGGACGAUAUCAUUUCAUUGGUUGAUCCAUCAAUUUCUGGUGCACCCUUCCAAGCUGAGACUGUAAGAUGCAUGCAUGUGGGACUAUUGUGUGUGCAACAACUUGCUAAAGACAGGCCAAACAUGUCAACAGUCAUCUCCAUGCUUGUAAGGGAUAUAAUGGAUCUUCCGAAUCCAAAACAACCAGGCUUUAUUCAACGUCAGACGGCGUCUGAUACAGGGUCAUAUCAGAUGUCUGAACAAACUUCUUCCACAAAUGAUGUUACCGUUACAGCUUUGAGUCCCCGAUAGUAUAUGUCAUUAUGGAUAAUUAAGUUAAUUUCCUACUUAUUGUCCUAGGUUUAGAUGAAAAGAAAUGUGAAUACUUUCAGCCCUUCCCACUUUUUGUAUUUGAUUAUCUCAAAGACUUAUAUGUCAUCCUUUUUGUAAUAUUCAGCACCAUAUAAAAUAUGGGCUGACUUGGUCGCAUAAGCAGACUAUCAGUAUGAACUAGUAGUCAACCUUUGACUUUCAUUUUCA